CACCUGGGCAGCCUGUAUGGAAAGAAAUGGUCGAAUCCUUUGGAUGUUCUAGAGAACAAAUCGACCGGAGCGAGCCACAUUAAUGACAUGUGGAAAGAAGGACAGUUCAUUGUCCAUAGUUACCCCAAGGUUAUGAGCAGUGGCUGAAGGGGAGAGCAGAGAGUCAUGAAGUGUUAUUUGGAGAUCUUGACCUGGAGAUGAUCAACACUCUUCAUAUGUUUGUUUGUUCUCAAACAAACUAUGAGGCCUUGCAGGAACUGGUGUAUUUAUAUUAAGAGCACAUGACCUGUUAAUUGCACAUAAUUGGCUUGUCUGUUUACCCUUUAUGCAGAGAGUAUUUUUCAGUCAAUCUUCAGCGCAGUGUCUUUUCCACCCUGUUAAUGAAAACAGAAUAGUGGUCCUUUCAAUUGACCCAAUUUUAGUUGGAUCUGUAGUAGUUUUAGGGGGCACUGAGGAACCCUCGAUAUUAGAAGUGCCAUUUGACCUCCGUACAGUGAAACAGCGCAACACUGAGAGAUACAGAAAAGAAAAGCAUCAACUUAAAAGCACACCUACUGCAUGACAAUUUUAGAAAAAUGGCCUCCAACGACACAUUUACCCUCCUAACUGAAAAUGAAGUCUCUAUCAAAAAUCACAAAACCAAAGUAGACAUUGAUGCUAUUAUGGAAAACAUCACGAUUGUCUUAUACACAAUCACCAUUGUUUUCGGCACCACAGGAAAUGCUGUGGUCAUCUGGAUGUCUGGAUUCCGUCUAAAAGCCAAUGUCUCUAAUGUGUGGCUGAUCAACUUAGCUGUAGCAGACCUGAUUUUUUGCUUCACUCGUGUUACUUCAUUAAUCAAGAAACUUUUCUUUGAUUAUUGGCCCUUUGGCAUGUUCCUCUGCAAGUUCAAUGGAUUCUUCAAGUACACCAAUAUGUUCUGCAGCGUCUUCAUCCUGGCUGUCAUUAGUCUGGAUCGGGCAGUUUGUGUUUGCCGACCAGUAUUCACCAGGCAAAGGCGAACCGUAUUUGCAGCCAGACUCAUCAGUGUUGGAGUUUGGAUUUUAGCUGUGAUCUUCAGUGUACCGUAUUAUAAGUACCGACAAGUAUAUAUGGGCAAGAACAACUUGAGCAAAUGCUCAAUGGAGGUGCCUGAACGAGGAAAAAUAACGAAAGUGGCCUUGUACAGCAUUCGCUUCUUAUGUGGAUUUUUGUUGCCCUUUCUCAUCAUCCUAACCUCCUACAUACUAGCUGGUAUAGGGAUACGACGAACACGAAUCCUGCACAAAUCGAGACCACUUCGCAUUCUUAUUUGUUUAGUCGGUGCUUUUUUCCUGUGCUGGGGGCCUUACCAUUUCCUCCUUUUGACCAAGAUGGUGAACAGCAAAAGCCAGGCAGUAAAAUUAGGCCUGCCCAUAGCUAAGUGCAUAGCUUACUUUAACAGCUGUGUUAACCCACUUUUGUAUUUCUGUAUGGGGCUGGACAUGAGGUUGCGCUUUAACCAAAGCCUUUCUCGAGUUUAUGCUAGAGUCCUAGCCGAAGACUGGAACGGGCAGAUGUUGCAGUCUAAAGAAUGUACAGUUUCAGGAACAGUAAAUGACAGUGAAGUUGCAUUUCAAGAUAAAGUGACAGUGGGUGACACAUUUGGGGAAAGGUUAAAAAAUGAUGAAAGUUGAAACAAUUGUGAAAUAUUGCAUGAGCUCCACUCUAGACUGUAGUGAGCCAUUAUUGACAUUGGUCGCAUUGGGACCCAGUGUCUUCACUAAUUUAACAGGUUUAUUUCAAAUACAUUUAUAUUUACAAAUGGUAAAUAUACCACAAAGCAUAAACACUGGUAACAUAGUUAUAUAAAACACAUACAUCAUGUUGCAAGGACACAGAAACCAUAAAGCUGUGAAACGUAGAGGGGGAGGGUGGUCGUUGGACUAGCAACCUGACCCCAUAAAAAAACUGCUACAGAAACGGCAAGUAAGCCAUCAGGCCUUUGCCUCCCAAAGCACCUAAUGGAAGAAAGGAUGUAAAGCUAUGUAUUAACUGAAGUGUUCAAUAUUGACCAGUCUUUGUGAUCUAUGUGAUAGUUAUUAGUUAUGGGUUAUUCAUGUUGACUAAUGUAGUAUAUACAAUGUAAAUUAAGAAAACCUUAAUGCAAAGCAUAAUUACAAUACAGCUGUUCUUUAUGUUUGUCUCUUUAAUCAGGCAAAUCUUUCAUCAGAUAAUGUGUAAAAAUAAGGUCAAAUGCACUCCUGGGACCUCCUGCCCCACCAGGUGCUCAUUUACUUUUGCUGUAGGGAGCUGUUUGGAGAAGAAAAUCAUUUAUAAAUGUAAAUAAUUUAAUGGUAUCCACACACAAGCUGGGACAGGCAUGUAUUAUGGAUGCCUGACAGCCAUUUGACAAGACAGCUGCUGCAUGGUGAAUGACACCAGAGCAAGCUCACAUCUGGUAGAAGAAGAAGAAGAAGAAGAAGAAUUGUUUAAAGAGUGCCUGAAGUCCAUCCUCAAAGACACCAGCCAGUUUGCUUACUUUUGUACUUUAAAGGUUUUAACUGUUGUAUACAUUUUUGUGUGAUUUUUUGGGCCAUUGUUUGGCAUUGGUUUUCACUGUUUGUUACAAAUAAAAUGUCAAGUUGGACAGAAAGUGCUGUUAUAAAUGUAUUCAGAAGUAAAAUAUACAAGUUAAAGGGA